AUGACUACAAACCCGGGGCAGUAUGGCCAGCGCUCGCUACUACUGCUUUUGUUGUGCUUUAUCGCUUCGGUAGUCGAGGCGCAGAGCGUCGCCGGGGUGCUUACGCAAAUCCCCAAUUGCGCCGAUUUUAGAAGCGGAGAAGUCAAGGCCAUCGCCAUCGCCCUGUCGGUCAUCACACUUCCCGUUGUUUCGCUGCGGUGCAUAUCGCGAUGGAAGAUCACCAACAAGUUGUGGUGGGAUGAUUGGACGGCCAUCUUUGCAACGAUGUUGCUAGCCGGGUUGACCAGUAUAGAAAUUGCGAGCACCAACUUGGGAUUCGGAACACACUACUGGAACAUCGGACUCGACGCCGGAAUAAAGCUGCUGAAGCUUUCUUACGUCGUCCAGCAACUCUACAUCCUGAUCCAAGUCUUCGCCAAGAUCUCGAUUCUCUUGUUCUUCUCCCGCAUCUUUCACGCAAAGCGGUUCCAACUCACUGUCCGCUACUUGAUCAUAUUUUUACUACUACACGGCCUGAUAUCCCUUUUGGUCGUCAUACUCCAGUGUACGCCAGUCUCGUCGACCUGGGACAGAAGCAACACGAGCCGGAAAUGCCUCAACGUCACCGCUAUUGAAUACACCGGAGCAGUCUUGAGCAUUGUAGAGGACUUGGUAAUCUUGGUUUUGCCCAUUCCCGAGUUGGUCAAAAUACAGCUCAACAUGCGGAAAAGAAUUGCGCUGGGGCUCAUGUUCAGCCUUGGCUCAUUUACUUGUAUUGCAACCAUGGUCCGUUUGAAAUACCUAGUCAUGUUCUCGAGGAGUUUCGACACUACUUGGGACAAUGUCGACAUUGUCAUUUGGUCCAUCAUCCAGGCAUUUUGCGCCAUCCUCUGCACGAGCCUCCCAGCACUGCGGCCGUUGCUGCAGAAAGUACCGCAACUCUUUCCCAGCAAUAACAUCAACACCAAAAAUAACAGUAAAGGAACUGUAAACUCGAGACACUCGAUGCUAAACACUGGCAAAGACAAGUUUCGCGAAAUCCCCGAGGCGCCGUUGGCGCCAGAGUUGCCACCCACGCCAAUCGACAUUGCGGACGAGAUGGCGGCAAAGGCAGACGGGAAGCGUCAAGUCCUCAUCACCAAGGACAUCAAGGUUAAUUUAGCCAAUUUCGAGUUGCAAGAUGUAACGUCAAGCAAGAAAGUGCAGAAGAACGAAAACAGAAGGUUCUGA